CCGCAAACUGCGGGUAUUCAGAGAGAGCGAAGGUGCUACGCGCGUGUAUGGAGAUCAUUGCUAUUUUCCUUUGCAUUUUUCUCUUUUUCUCAACUCUCCUUUCACAUCCAUUAAUAAAGAAACACAUAAAGAAACAUGAACACAUAGCUAAGCCUAAGCUUCCCCCAGGCUCAAUGGGUUGGCCUUAUAUUGGAGAAACUCUACAACUCUAUUCUCAGGACCCUAACAUCUUCUUUGCUUCAAAGCAGAAAAGAUAUGGGGAAAUUUUCAAAACACACAUACUAGGUUGUCCAUGUGUGAUGUUGGGAAGCCCUGAAGCUGCACGGUUUGUGUUGGUGACACAUGCUCACUUGUUCAAGCCUACAUACCCCAAAAGCAAAGAGAAACUAAUAGGCCCUUCUGCAUUGUUCUUUCACCAAGGAGAUUACCACACUCGCAUUAGGAAGCUUGUUCAAACCUCUCUUUCUCCUGAAACAAUCCGAAAACUGAUUCCCGACAUCGAAACCGAGGUCAAUUCCGCUUUGGAAUCGUGGGUUUCUGGUGGAAAAGUCGUUAACGCUUUCCAAGAAAUGAAAAAGUUCUCUUUCAAUAUUGGCAUCCUCUCUGUCUUUGGUAACUUGGAAGGAAAUUAUAGAAAGCAGCUUAAGGAAAACUACAGCAUAGUAGAGAAAGGCUACAAUUCUUUCCCAACCAGAAUACCGGGAACUGCACACUCCAAAGCACUCUCAGCUAGGAAGAGAAUCAGAGAGAUUAUAAGUGAGAUAAUUUGUAAGAGAAAGGAGCAGAGAUUGAUCGAGAAGGAUCUAUUAGGCCACUUGCUGAACUACAAGGAUGAAAAAGGCCAAACACUAACGGAUGAACAAAUUGCUGAUAAUGUAAUUGGGGUAUUAUUUGCAGCUCAGGAUACUACAGCAAGUGUUCUAACUUGGAUUCUCAAGUAUCUUCAUGAUGACCAGAAACUUCUCGAAGCAAUAAAAGCAGAGCAAAUGGCAAUAUAUGAACUCAAUCAAGGAGGGAAGAUGACAUUGACAUGGGGUCAAACCAGAAAUAUGCCAAUUACUUAUAGGGUGAUAUUGGAAAGUCUGAGGAUGGCAAGCAUCAUAUCAUUUACUUUUAGGGAAGCUGUGGUUGAUGUUGUAUACAAGGGUUAUCUUAUACCAAAGGGUUGGAAAGUAAUGCCACUAUUCAGGAACAUCCAUCAUGAUCCAGAAUUCUACCCUGCUCCUCACAAUUUUGACCCAUCAAGGUUUGAGGCUGCUCCAAAGCCCAAUACUUUUAUGCCAUUUGGCAACGGAGUUCACUCUUGUCCAGGAAAUGAGCUUGCCAAGUUGAACAUGCUGAUUUUAAUUCACCAUCUAGUGACCAAAUUUAGGUGGGAAGUGGUGGGAUAUCAAAGCGGAAUUCAAUAUAGCCCAUUCCCAGUCCCUAUGCAUGGUCUACCUGCAAGAUUUUGGAGAAACUAAUAGACUCAAAAGAAGAUGAUGAUAUGAUAAAAUCUUCAUCUAUUCAUGUAUAAAUUUUUUAGAUAUUCGGUGCCACUCCAAUCUAGAUCUUAAUUCCUCCUCCUUAACCCAAUCAAACCUCCUGUUUUAUAGCGAGGAUCCAAGUAACCUCAUAUCUAUGCUAUUAUUAUAAUUUAUAAAUGGUGGCAUAGCCUAGCACUAUUAAUUAAUCUGAGUGUGU